AUGGCCUCCCGUCAACGACCCGAGCCCUACGAUGAUGUCGGCCCCAGUGGCCCACAGACCAUCAGGUGCACCCAAGCUCGCGCUAUUGGUACAUGCGGCAACGUCCAGAUGCGUGACGUCGAAAGUGCCACUACUGUCGAACGUCGCCCCAGCCAAUCGAGCCGCUCCAACAACGAUGCUAUACUGGUCACGGAGGGCUUCAACGGUCGCCGCAAUACGUACAGAGAAGUUACUGGGCGGUCAAGCAGGCGCGGCUCAACUCGCAGGAGUGAAACCUAUGGUGGCCAGUCGCCCGCCGAGUACUCCUCUUCGUCUUCGCCAAUCUCUUAUGUCGAGCGUCGCCCGCAAGCACCCUCGCCACCGCUACAUCCCUCCCUAAUGCCAACGAGAAGGGAUAGCCCACUUCGUUCCAUGGGUCCGGAUUAUGGCACACCCCUUAGGACAGUAGCGGCAGAUGGUAGCGCUGUAUACGAUAGGGUGCCAUCACUCGAACUUCCUCGAGCCACGGAAAACGAACGCCAUCGGUCUGCACAGUUCAGACCACAAAGCACCCGACGGUCGUCCUUGUCGAGCACGACCGUCGAGCUCGACGAGCCUUUGACACCAUCCGGGCGGCCACAACGUCCUAGCAUUAGCAUCGUUACAGAAGAACGAUCACCACGAUCAUCGACCAGCGGCACAUCUGCAUCGCCUGGUUUGAGCUCGCUGCCGAAGUUCUCGAACCUCAGACGUGAUGUCGGGCUGAGCAAUGUACGGCCACGCUCUGAUCAGAGCGGAUCUCGCGACAGCAGGCAGAGCUCAUACAGCGAGGAGGAACGCCAAGCACGCAUCGAACGCGCCCGGCUCGUCGAGACGGAGCGACGACAACAAACCAGACGAGACGCAUCCCGUGAGCGGCAUAGAGCAGCGGCGGAAGCAAGACUACUCGGCCAGCGUGACAAGAGCCCAGCUGGGAUUGAGUCUGAUCCCCUCGUUGAUGCAGAGUUCGCGCAGAUGGCUCGAGAACGUGCAGAGGCGGAAGCAAGAGCGCAGCAGCAGGAUCAAGCUGCGAGAUAUGCUGACGACCAGCUUCGGCGGGAUGCUGAUGCUCGCGCUCGCUAUGUCGCAUCAACAACAGGCGCGACUGAAGGACGAAGUGGAACAUAUCGGGAAGAUGUAAGGUCGCCUUCUGCAACACAUCCACCACCAUCCCAGCCAGUCACGGUCCACCACUAUCCGGCAGCAUCACGCCGGAACAGCAGCUUCCACGAACAUGGCGAGGCAGUUAUUGCACGCGAGCAGAUGCGUGAUGAAGGGGACCGUCGGGAUGCCCAUCAAGGUGCCUCUAGGAGGACACAGCAUGCUUCGCGUCGGCUGAGCUAUGUCUUGGGUGAUACGGCCGUGGAGGGACCUAACGUUGAGUAUUUGGACGACAGGGAAGUUGAGGCUCGUCUGGGCAGGCGUGCGAGCAAGAAAGCUCAACGAGAAGGCGACAGGACUGAACGGCGCAGACGAUUCUUUGGCAUGUAG